UUUUUCGUGGAAAAACUUAGUUUAAAGAGGUUUGGCCGUGUAGUUACUUUUAAAAGAAACAUGUCAAAUUCACAGAGGCUAGCCUUCGCCAUAAUCGAGCACCUCUCCGCGCAGUUGAAGUCUGGAGCUGUAGUCGGUGACUCUGCUGAGAGUUUAGAAGGUAAACCUGAUGGAUCUUUACUUUCGUUUCAGUUUUGAUAAUUUGGGCGCAGGUAAAAAACGUUAAGCUAGACGAACACCAUUCAAAAGUUAUGGUUUAUUGAAGCUUAGAGACAAAGUCUCCGUCAAGAGUGGCUUGCAUCGUGUCUAGAUCUGUUUAAGUGAAAAUAUUUGUAACGAACUGUAAUUUGUGGUAAACCCAAUUUGUCACAUGCAGAAAGAGGAAAUAUGUGCAGUAGAUAGUUUAGAACUAGACUUCUUCUGUUAGGUGAAGUUGAACUGAUAUUGAUUUUACUCCUGUGGUUUUGCUCAGAAAGUGAAUCAAAAUUUGAGACCUUUUGUUCUAGAAUACGAAAUUUCUUAAAAAUUUUGUUUUCCAUUUACCAUCAAUUAGCUUAUUCUCUCACUUCCCCUAGUUUCUCCCGCUCAAAUGAAAACAGGAACAAAUUUUGUCAUAGAUACAGGAUUCUUACUUUGUCUUCAUUACAGCCCUAUGGCUAGGGUGGUUCUUUAUAGCUCAACAAGGAAAUAUACUGUAUUCUAUAUCAGUGGCCCGUUUAAAGUGUACUGGCAGCUGCAAUUGACCCUUGUACUUUCUGUUAUGUGAUAAUAUUAUUGAUACUUACUUUCUACUUAAAUUCCCUUCAACUUAUUUAUCACCUAAAUUAAAUACAGUGCUGUUUCUAUUAAGAAAAAAAUUUAAAGGCCAUUUUAAUCAUUUUAAUCAUUUUAAUUACCAACCAAAUCUAACUUCCCCUUCUCAUUUUAUACUAAACCUAUUCUACCUGCAGUGCUUCACAAGUCUCUUAUAGCCCUUAUUUUGGCAUUAAUGUAUUCUAACAGUAAAAUUCUUUUGUUCUCUGUAAGCCUUCUUUACCUAAAUAUCAUCGGCCAAAAUUAAUUCAAGAGAAUUUGACGAGUAACUUUAAAAAAGGGUCAUUGGGGACCCCACUCAUAUAUGAAGACUGACAAAUAAUAUAUUCCCUGUCAAUCUGGAAUUAUGAGUCAACCAUGUUGUUUAAAGGAUCCCUGUCUGAUCAGAUUUAGAAGUACAGAGAGAGAAAAAAGCCAGGCACAAAAUAUGAACAACUGAAAAUUGUUGCCUUCUUUUUUAGUUUCCAUUCAGUGUUUAGAAAGUGUUUAUGGCAUAGACAGAGGUGAUUCUUCACAAGUGGAGAAACUCAAGUUUGAUAAACCACUAGAGGAGAUAUUUGAAAGUGCAGUAAAGGUUUGUGUUUUAUUGGAAGAUUUUUCCUGUAAUCUUUGACAUGCACAUGUAGGGUUUAUUUUAGUUUUCCACUAUGAUGUCACUAAGAAUAAAAUUGGAGAUAAUGACAUUUUUAUUUCAGUGUUACUUCCAUGUUAUUUUCCAGAGUAUAGGGGGAUCCACAUCUGCUCAGUCUACUGAAGAAAAUCGAUUAAAAGCUGAAAAUCUCAAGACAGAAGGUAGGUUAAUUUUAUAAUGUCUAUAGAUAUGUUGAAUUUUCAAGUUUGUCCACUGAUUAGUAUUACAUAAGUUUGUAAGCAUAUCUGAUUAUACCCUGCAGCAGAGGCUACAUUUUCGCUGUGUGAGCUGUCGUGCGAAAGUAGCCUCUGCCGACAACCGUUCAAAUCCGUCUAGAAAUCUGGACGAAUAAAUUAAAAAAAAGGGUUUUUUCCUGUUCUUGACCAGCUUAAUUAUUGCAUGAGUCUUGUGUGAGUCUUGUGUAGCAGAUCAGAGUUGUCGCAUUUUUUUUAUUCCCACAAAUCUCGUGCCAUUUGACAACAGGCCUGACGAUUAAUUUUGUUUGCAAAUCGCUUGACGAAUUUACGGUGGCCCAGAAGGAUCACACAUGCAAAUCAAAAAUGUUGCUGCAAAUUAAAAAUAGGACAUGCAAAUUAAAAAUUUUACAUGCAAACUAAAAAUAUUACAAACAUGAAUGGGCCGACGGCUGUAAGGCCAGGUCGCACGGCUCGGACCAGGUCCUCAUCACUCAUACUGAGCGCGCAGGACUUUUCAUUUUUAAUUUGCAUCGAUAUGUUUUCUAUUUUCAAUUUGCAGCACAAUUUUUAGUUUGCAUGUACUAUAUUUAAUUUGCAGGUAAUAUUUUUAGUUUGCAUGUACAAUUUUUAAUUUGCAUACAUGUACUAUUUUUAAUUUGCAGCAACAUUUUUAAUUUUGCAUGUGUGACCCUUCUGGGCCACCGUACGAAUUUCACGCAUGCACAAUACAAAAGUGAAUGGUUGUCGGCAGAUGCUACUUUUUGCAUGAUAGAUCACACAGCAAAAAUGAAGCCUCUGCUCGCAGGGUACUCUGAUUAAGCUGGUGCAGAAAAAGUUUGAUGCUCUUGCUUGCACCUUGAAAGCAUAUUGUCUUCAUAGGAAACCAGCUGAUGAAAGACGAGAAGUAUGAAGAGGCUAUAAAGUGUUACACCAAAGCAAUGGAACUGGACAGUACUAAUGCAGUGUUUCCUUGCAACAGGUUUGAUUUUAGUUGUUUGUUACCCAUCCUGUUUAUACAUGUACUUGGAUAAAUUAACAUACAUGUAGAUUUUGACGCAUUAUUAGAGAAGGCAGCAUGGCUAAGCAAUUAGAGUUAUUUAGAAGUGCUGCAUUUGUGAUUCAGAGGCCCCAGGUUCAAGUCUUACACUGACAACUAGUUGGAUUUGUUUGUUGUAGUCUUCGAGCUCAAAUCGUUGGCCAUGCUUGGAAAAUAGCCAACUGUUUUGCUCCUACCAGUUGGGAUUUUUAACCAUGUUAUAUAACUUUAAAUUAUUUGUUUCAUUAUCCCUAAAAAGCCCCAUAAGGGGGAAGGACAAUUAAAGUGAAUGAAUGAAUGAAGAGUCAUGUGUGAGAGGACAACAGAUGUACCCUCUUUCGAUACAUUUUAACAUGUGAACAGUAAGUUCAGACGUCAGCAUACAAAGACGCCACUGGCAACCGCUCUCAGUGCAUUUAUGAGCUUAUUGUACCCACAUAACCCAUGAUGUGAAUGAUGCGAUGUGUGAAGAUUGACCACAACACUGGGGUCUAUGUCCCCUACUCUUUUCGAACAGUGGUGUGGGUUCUUUUACGUCCCACAAUAACCAGAUAAGUGUAAGUGUUGUGAGAUGGAACCUACGGUUUUUUGUCCUUAUCCGAGAAGACUAGAAAGUCUAACGGUUUACAGAUGUCAUUACAAAGGCAGCACUUUGUUCUCAGCUAUUUAAAGACCCUGAGUGUUGGCCUGGCCGGGACUCAAACCUGUGACCUCACACUCAUCAGACCUGCGCUCUCCCAACUGAGCCAACCAGGCGGCGAUAGUAUUACUAUCAUUAUCCUUAUUAUUAUUAUUAUGUAAAAUUUAGCACAGGGAUCUUCCCUGGGGAGAAAUAUCCAGUCAAGUCUCAUCCCAAGACCUCAGACUUCCAGCACCUUUCUGAGGAUAUGUGCCAAUCCGAGGAGUGCCGACUUUUGCAUCGUUCUUGUUCGGUUUUUAAUUCCUAGUUGCUCCAUGUGGCCUGCCAGCUUCUUUGACACUGAACCCAAUGCACCUACAACCACUGGCACCAAUUUUGUCCUUGAUUUUCUAGAUCCUUUAAAUCUCUCUUGCCAGGUCUUGGUACUUUUCACACUUUUCAGUUUCUUUCUGCAGAAUAUUACUAUCUCCGGGAACAGCUAUUAUUAUUAUUAUUAUUAUUAUUAUUAUUAUUAUUAUUAUUAUUAUUAUUAUUAUUAUUAUUAUUAUUUUACAGUAGUUGUUGUGGUUUACUUUUUGCAGGGCUGCAGCUCACAGCAAAAAGGGUGAUCAUCAAAAGGCCAUAGAAGACUGUCAGAAAGCUCUUACUUUAGAUCCAAACUAUGGAAAAGCUUACGGACGAAUGGGGUAAGUGGCUUUAGCACCACAAAAAACAGGACACAAAUUUGAAAAUCUGUCCUCUACUGUAGCACUAAUGCCAGCUUUUAAAAAUAUAUUAUGCUUGCUGGUAGCCUAAGCUAGGCUCUCAGGCAGGGCAUAGAAGUCGAAAAAAGUGAGUAGCAAAAAUCCCAGCAAAUCAGAAACAGUGGAAAGAGAGAAGGGGAUGGCCUCUUUGCAUUAUUUUAAAUACCUCAGUCUGCCCACUGUGCUACUCAGUUCCAGAGAAACCAUUUCUCCUGUCAUGGAAAAAUUCCAGUGAUCUGAAGGAUUAUGGUGAUCAGAUUGAUUAUAUGGAAACCAACAUUUAAAACAGGAGUGACUUCCAUUGAUCUCAGAGUUUGUUUUGAUAAAGCACUUAGAUUAAUAUGUUCAUCAGAGAGUUGUUUUCAUAAAGACCUCUAAAUGCUGCAAUGUCUGCACUUCUUCGUCAGUCUUCUGAGCAAUCAUGGAGCUCACAAUAUGAAAAUCAUCCUUUAAAUGUACACAUAUUUUUGUACAAUGAUAAUAUUCAUUCAACCAUUACAAUAAUCCCUUACAUUGCUUUAAACAUGACCUUUGUUACUGUGAAACUAACAAGACAAUGCACACCAGAUGUAUACUAAAUGGCAUGUUAUUUUGAUGCGUGGAAAAAGCCGAUGAGGCAUGAAAAAACUCAACCACUGUAACUAGUUUAUGGUUUUGGAGGCUUGCUGGCAUGUCCUGAACUUUACUGUUACCGGCCACUACACAAUCAACAUAAGUGAAAUAUUUUAGGUAAUUCAAGGUUUCCUGGGUUAGUAAUCCUCCUUUAUUUCUUGCAGUUUAUCAUAUCACAACUUGAAUAACCUGGAGAAAGCAAAGGAAUGUUAUACAAAGGUAUAAAAAGGAACCCCAUAUAUGAAACUCUUUUAUUGGUUCAUCAACAAAAAUUAUAUCAUUUACCCUUUGGGCAAUCCUUCUUUUUUAGGUUAUAAUAUUAUGUAUGUGGUCACAUUUUUGGUUAGUUAAAGAGGAGAAGUUGUCACAAAUACAUUCUGUUGAUUUUUUUUACAUUACUGUACAAAUCUCCAGUUACAAAUGACUUUUAUUAAUUGUUCUGUCUGAUCAUGUCCAAUUGCAGGUAGGAUUUCUUUAAACAUAGGCAAAUUUUAGUCAGACCUUGUCCAAUGAACAACUGUCAUUUGCAGCUCUGCUAUAUUUGAACAUGGAAACCUUAACCACAAACUCAAGCCCUGGAUAUUUCAUUUACCACCACCAUGAGAAACUAAACCAAAUGAAACAGUGAUAAUAUUGAUACAUAUCUUUGUUUGUUGACUGUCAGGCAUUAGAAUUGGAACCAGGCAGCACAUUUUAUCAAACCAGCUUGUCGCAGGUGGAAGAAAAACUGAAACAGACCCAACCAGGAGGAGGGGCGAGGCCAGCACCUGGAGGUGGGUUGACCCUUCAUGCAAAAACCUAAUGUAAUGGGGAUGGAAUAAUCAUCAUGGAACGAACGUGGUGGAAAAAAAUCUGGAUCCCUAAAAAUAAAAUAGAGAUGAUCCCAAGCAGUUACCCAUCUUCUAGACUGUUCAAAGUCCUCUAUUUUUCUGUAAGAUUGUCGAGAUCGAACACUUUGCGUCAUGGGCUGCCAUCUUGCAUGAGUGUCAAAACUACUCAGGGGGCGGGAGCAGUUUGGGAGGAAGUGAGAAAAAUAUUUUUCUCACCCCCCUCCCCCUACAGCUAUAAUCCCCGACACCUUUCCCUAGGCACAUUUGAAAAUCAAGAUUGCCGCCAUUAACGGUAAGACGCUCUAUAUCUCAAUGAUCUCACGAUAAAAUAGGGGACUGUGAACAGUCUACCCAUCUUCCCUUCUCCCACCACUUCCUUUCUUGGUUCCCUCUUCAGCUGAACAGCAUUAAAGAAUUUAUUUUUGUUCUCUUAGGUUUGCCCAGCUUAGGAGGAAUGGAUCUUGGUGCCCUUUUGACAAACCCUGCCAUCAUGAAUAUGGUAAGCCUGUGAAUAAGAUAAAGAAAUAUGAAAUGUAAAUUCCAUAUUAUGUACAAUCAAUCCAAAUAGUACAUACAUUAGUCAGUUCAUCUACAGAAUACCACUUAAAUUUAAACUUAUAAUACUAGUAGUAUUAAAAUUUUUCCUCUUCAAAAUUUAUAUCCAUAGCUUUGUCGAAAAGGUGAAAUAAUGACUGUAUUUCCAGCAGAAGACAGAUUUCAUCAAUCCAUCUCUCCAUUUGAUUUGUUUUCUUUUCCCCAAUUUUCAAAACAAUGUUAUCCUUGAACCUUAACUUGAAUCUACUUCAUAUUAUUAUUAUUAUUAUUAUUAUUAAUUUUUUUUUUUUAGAAAAUAAUAAUACUUUAUUAAACUCUUCUCAAAUUAAAAAUUAAGUACAAAUUUAGUAUAACUAUAGUUAAAAAAAGACUUCUUGGUGGUCUGGUGGUUUUCAACAGAGCAAAUGUAAACAACUGUCUAUAAACUUAAAAAAAAGAAAAUUUCUAUGUUCAUCGCAAUGAUAAAUAUAAUAAUUAUUAAAUUUUACUAUUUACAGAUUCAAGAAUAUGAAAUAUUAAAAUAUAUUAUUAUUCUUCUUAUUUAUUAUUAUUGAUGAUGAUGAUGAUGAUGAUGAUUAUUAUUAUUAUUAUUAUUAUUAUUAUGAUACUGUAAAGAGUCUCAAGGGGUACUCCCUAUGAUGGCCUAUAUGGGAAGACUCCACCCGAAAAUGGGUUACCCCCCAGUGAAGAGUUCAUUACAAAAUUUACGUCAUUACUCAUACCUUACACAUGUAAUAUAAAUUAUUGAGCUUUCAUUAUGUGAGAGUUUUUAUGGUUUUUGGUUGAGAUAUGAGGAUUUUUCGAAGAAAAUCAGUUGUUGAUGAUGUUGUUUUUGUUGUUUAUUAUUUUUUUUUAUUUUUUUAGGCACAGUCAUUUAUGAGCAAUCCAAGUGUGCAACAAAUGUAAGUAAAAGUAUUCAAUUUUGUCUUGUUGACAUUUCUGUGAGUAGCUUGUAAAUUGUUAGUUGCAAGCACCAACAGAAACAAGAAAAAUGCAUUAAUAUUUAUUUCGUAGUAUUUCAAAAACCAUGAGCUGUGAGUGCUUGCAUCAGGGAUCCCCUCCCUCUCUCUCUCUCUCGCUCUCUCUCUGUCAGUUAGAAAUCAGGAGAGUAGUAGGUCACGCGAUCUCUUUGUCUGAGUUAUAGGUCAGGGGAGCUCUUUGUUUGGAAAACACGCAAGCCGUAGAUCAUGCCAGCUCUCUACCUGAAAAUCGCGCGAAUCGGAGGUCACGCAAGCUCUCUGGUGUUUGCGUGAGUAGCAGCUCACGCUAUCUCUCUAUCUGGAAAUCGCGAGAGGCGAAGGUCACACGAGCCGUCUGUUUGGAAAUCACGAGAGAAAUCACUUGAGUCGUAGGUCGCGCAAGCUCUCUGUUUGAAAAUCACGUGAGUCGUAGGUCAUGCGAACUCUCUGUUAUAGACAGCACAAGGUUCGUAGGUCACGCGAGCUCUCUAUUUAGAAAUCAUUAGUGUCGUCGGAAGGCCCUCUGACGACGGGCUGGCAUUCGAAACGCGAGCUCUUAAACUUUUUUAGGUGGAAAAUUGGUUUAAUCAACUCAGUGGCUUUAACCACAUUUUGUCCUUUACAUUGUGGUCAGGAUGACGAGUAUGAUGGGUGGAGGCGCAUCUCCUGGUGGGGCUGGUGGUGCGGCUAGCAUUUUUCAAGCGUAAGUGGAUUUUAUUGUUAAAAGUCAAUAUAUCAAUCAUAACGCGGAGUGUUUCAUCUGUUAUCCUAACCGAAAAAUGGGUUGAAAAUAGCUUCUUAAAUGAACAGUAACCCUGGAAAACAUCCAUGAUAAAGUAAGCAACAUUUUGUAGUAAUUAAGAUCUGAUAUCUAAACUACCAUGUUGGUAGUGAUUUCCGUUGUGUUCUUCUCACCAAUUAUUACUGACAUUUUCAUAUCUUGCUUAGCCUAUGGUCAUGGCCAUUGUCAUUGGGUAAUUUUGUUUGCAAGUUAUAAAAGUCUUCAACUUUUUUUGUCUCACCAGUGCCCAGCAGUUUGGUGAACAGAUGCAACAGUCAAAUCCUGAAAUGUUUGAACAGCUGCGAACCCAAGCGCAAGCUGCCGUUAAUCUGCACAGAGAACAAGAGGACCAAUCCGAAAAUGACGAUUCUAAACCAGGUUAG